AUGGUUCACGGGGCCGCCAGUGGGAGAAGUGGUAGCAAUGAGCCCAUUUCCCAGGGAGCUGGGGGAGUCAGCACCAGUGACCCACAAUUCCCUGCCUCCCAAGAAGCCUCCAGUGGCUGGCACUAUGAAUGGAUCCCCCACCGUCAGGUGCUCUGCUACUCUCCUAACCAGCUGAAGCAUGAUAGUGAUGCUGCUAUUCAGAUGUCCACCAGAAAAGAGCAGAGACAGGGUGCCUUCUGCAGUUGCAGAUGUGCCUUCACCUGUGGUGGUAGCGAUAAAGGUGACCACAGUGACCCAGGUGAAGGUAGCUCCUCUGGAAUGAUGCAGCCACUCGCCAAGCGGCUCCGAAGCCAAGGCAGGCCACAGGAAUUGAGCAGCAGAGGUGAUGCUGGGGAUCCUCAAAAAGAUUCCACAGGAGGAUUUGAAGUCCAGGUCAACCUGCCCAAGUGCCUGAGAUCCCUGCUCGUGCAAGAUUGGGAGCUGGUGAUCCUCGGGAAAAAGCUCUGUGAACUGCCAGCCAAGGAAAGCUUUGAUGUCAUCCUGUCUGAAUAUGCCAUCUUCCCUAUGAACUGCCGUACCAGGGAUAAAAAGUAUGCUGUCUGUGGCCUGGUGGAUGUCCUCAAGGAAUACUUCAAUGUAAUCCUCUGCACCCAGCUGCUUUAUGAUUUUGAGAGGCCACAAUAUGAUGAGUUGGUGGUCAGCUACCCCUCUAGCCAGAUGUGCGAGCUUUAUGGAGGUGUGCACCUGCUGCGUCUCUUCCAGCAGUUGGAUCCUAUGCUCACCUGCACUUCUCUGGAUGACAGCAGCUUGAUGGUGCUGCUGAGCCAUUUGGAAGAUUUCGUGGAAUAUCUGGCCCGUCAUCCUUAUCUGCUGUUCAUUGAUGCCAACGAUUACGUGCUGGCCUCUGAGGAGCACCUGAAAGUAGUAUAA